CCCCCGCCCCGGCCAGCCAGCAUGCAGGUGUCUAUCGCGUGUACCGAGCAGAACCUUCGCAGCCGGAGCAGUGAGGACCGUCUGUGUGGACCCCGGCCAGGCCCCGGGGGCGGUAAUGGCGGGCCGGCCGGCGGGGCGCACGGGAAUCCUCCGGGGGGUGGAGGGUCUGGCCCCAAGGCCCGAGCUGCACUGGUUCCCCGACCCCCAGCGCCCGCUGGGGCCCUCCGAGAGAGCACCGGCCGAGGCACUGGCAUGAAAUACAGGAACCUAGGGAAGUCUGGUCUUCGGGUAUCCUGUCUUGGCCUAGGUACCUGGGUCACAUUUGGUUCUCAGAUCUCAGAUGAGACAGCAGAGGAUGUGCUGACUGUAGCCUAUGAGCAUGGUGUAAACCUGUUUGACACCGCCGAAGUGUACGCAGCAGGAAAGGCUGAAAGAACCCUAGGCAACAUCCUCAAGAGCAAAGGUUGGAGGAGAUCAAGCUAUGUCAUCACUACCAAGAUUUUUUGGGGAGGACAGGCAGAAACCGAGCGAGGUUUAAGCCGAAAGCACAUCAUUGAGGGCUUGCGAGGAUCCCUGGAACGCCUCCAGCUGGGAUACGUGGACAUUGUCUUUGCCAAUCGCUCAGACCCCAACUGUCCUAUGGAGGAGAUUGUGCGAGCCAUGACCUAUGUCAUCAACCAGGGCCUGGCCCUAUACUGGGGGACAUCCCGAUGGGGGGCUGCAGAAAUCAUGGAGGCCUACUCCAUGGCCAGACAGUUCAAUCUGAUUCCUCCAGUGUGUGAACAAGCGGAGCACCAUCUGUUUCAGAGGGAGAAGGUGGAGAUGCAGCUGCCAGAGCUCUACCACAAGAUUGGAGUUGGAUCAGUCACUUGGUACCCUCUAGCCUGUGGUCUCAUUACUAACAAGUAUGAUGGGCGAGUCCCAGAUACUUGCAGGGCCUCCAUCAAGGGCUACCAGUGGCUCAAGGACAAAGUGCAGAGUGAAGAUGGCAAGAAGCAACAAGCCAAAGUCAUGGACCUUCUUCCUGUCGCUCACCAGCUGGGCUGCACCGUGGCCCAGCUUGCUAUUGCGUGGUGUCUCCGCAGUGAGGGUGUCAGCUCUGUCUUGCUGGGGGUGUCGAGUGCGGAGCAGUUGAUAGAACACCUGGGCGCGCUACAGGUGCUGAGCCAGCUGACCCCGCAGACAGUGAUGGAAAUAGACGGGCUCCUGGGAAACAAGCCGCAUUCCAAGAAGUAGUCCGUCGCGGGCGCAGGGACCCAGCCCGGUGUCGCUGCACCCGCCCGAGCCCCGCUCCUCGCAGCCGCCUCUCCCGCUCCGGAUCCCUCCACGCAGCGGCCGGAGCCAGACUAGCCCCGCCCACCAACGAGUCCCGGCUUCGAGUAGUGAUACGCAUGAACAAAGCCAUAUCCUUUUGCAGUGGGGUCGAGAGAGAAAGUAGUACGCCCGCCCCCUGCUGCGUCUUUCUAGGCCCUUCUUGCAAAUCCCGGGCAUGAGCUACUCCCCGUCGGCUCUCUGCCACUUCGUCUCGCCCCCUACUCUCCUCCCCUUAUUCCCGAGGCCCAGAAAAGAAAACAAAAACAAAAACCCAGCACAUACAAGAAACAUGCAGUGUACCUCAAAAGGGGCCCUUGAAAUGUCAUCAAAGGGUAAUAACCUAGUGAGUGAGUUGUGAUGUCAUCUGGAACAUAGGAAAUGGGGCUCUUAGCGUAUUCGGUACGAAGGAAGCCAGGCUGGUCCUGGCAGGAAGUAAAUGAUAAUCUUUGGGAAACCAGCCUCCCAGCCCAGAGGUGGAGGAGGGCGGUCAGGGUGGGGUCUACAGUGGCACAGCACUGACAAAGGUAGAGGGAAACGUAAUAGCACAUCUACGCUGCAGUCUGGUGAAAGUGGCCGGGGUGGUCCUUGGAAAACAGUUGGGCUGUUCUUGGCAGGAAUUAGUGACAGCCUUUCCGUCACGGGCAGGGACGCCUUGAUUUAAAAAAAAUAAAUAAAUAAAACGUCUGGGUAUAGACUUUUGAGCCUUGAGCAGGGCCUCCUACCUGGCAGUGGGGAACUGCAGUCUUCCUCCUGGCAAUAACCCUAAAGCAAUAAUGAUGGCCCCUUCUCUGUAAGACUUCCCAGGUAACUGUAAAUAAACCUCAGCUUGAUCCUCACAGUGUCUAAAGUUGCAGGGGCUUGGGAGGUUAGGGUCACAGUCUCACUUGUCUGGCCCUCUCGCCCCCUAACAUUAGAAAUCUGCUAGCAUUAGCUUUCUCUCCAUUGCUCAUUCACCUUGGUGACCCAGGCAUCGGGCUCCUAGUCACUGUUCUCAUCAAGGACCAAGACACCAGAUACCCCAGGCCCCAGUUUUCUUCCUUCAGCUACCACAUUCCUUAGAACCCAGAAAUCUGGCUUCAUAAUUUUGUUCCUCCUCUUUCUAUGAAAGACUUAGCUAUCUGCCUUUAUUUGUUUGUAUUUAAAGUAAUAUUAGCCAUA